CCAUACCCAUCCCAGCUCUUGUCAGGGGUCUAUCAAUCAAUACCGACCGUUUGAAAGGAUGGGUCAGCUCCUCUCAGAUUGGAAGUUCGGGACCGGGUCGAUGUCCCGCUGCAAGCCCAGCCGGGGGAGCUAGGGUCCAAGACAAGCUUCCAGAACGAAACCCCAGAUUUUUGUUUCGGGAUCGACGCCCCACAUCUCUCGCUGGCUGACGUCUGUGCGCCACAACCACAACCACAAACCACACAUGCCGUGCUGUGGGGCUCUCUUUCUGACCCAGCCAUAGCCUGAUUCUUAAGCAGAACAUCAUCACUCCACCCAACUUUUUGAGCAUCAAUCACAGGCCAUAUCGCUUUGUGUCUCUGUCUCGAUACCCAAGCAACUUGCGUCUGUUUCCGCUUUGACUGUGUCACUCUACAGGUCUAGCUUUGUGUCACAGCCCAACACAACCCCGCAUUGUCGAUAUUCCGCGAGAUUCUCUCUCCCUCGACUUCUGGCCGAGCACCUCGACGACUGACUGCCCUCUCUACGCCCCAUAUCAAAGCCAGAAUGUCCUCCAACGAUACCCCCUCCCACCCAACAACCCAACAGCACCAACGCGAACCCAGAACAGGCACCAUAUCAACCACCCAAACAAUCACCACAACCUCAACCUCCCCCCCACAAGCCAUCCUCCGCCUCCGUGGUGCCCACGCCCCCAGUUCACGAACGGUGCAAUGGUCAGAAGACGUCAUAGACAAUGAAGGUCUCAACCGCAAGAAGUCAAAAGUAUGCUGCAUCUACCACCGCCCCAAAGGCGUCGACGAAUCCUCCUCCGAAUCCUCCUCCUCUGACUCUUCCGACUCCGACUCGGAUUCCGAUGGUGGAAAGGGUGACCUCGACCGACAAGGGAAAUCAGAUGGUGGGAGAAGACGUCUUCACAAUCACAACGACGACGACAAGUGCAACGGACAUCAUCAUCAUCAUCAUCACAGCAGGGGAAGGAAAAAGAACGGGGACGAGGGGGGGAGCAAAAGAAGGAAGAGAAAGCCGAGCCCGAAUGCGUAUGAGAAGAUGCCUGAUUAUGGGAUUAAACCGCCUGGAAAGGGGAAGGAUAAGGACACUUCUGGAGAUGGGGGGCCGAUGAAGGCUUAGUCCGGGGUGUUGUAUAUGCCGGUGUUUGGA